AACUGGUCGUCACCAUGGAGAGAGCUUGCUGUAGAAAAUUGUUUUAUAAUUCGAUAUUGUGGUGUUAAACUAGUGAAAUUCUCUUCGCAGCUAUGGUCAAUAUAAUUAAGGAUUUUCAGUUUAUAUAAGAUUUAAAAUGGUAUCGCAUCAUAUUGCCAGAAUUCGGCAAAAUAUUAAAAACUAUACAAUUUCUUAACAUAUUGUUUUAUAAACAUUUCAGAAUGAAUGGAGGAAUGGAGCAUAAAACUCCAGGUCACAACGUGGUGCUUCAUAAAGCGCCCAAAAACUACAAACUGCUUAUGGACCCAUUCCUGGUGAAGGGAGCAGCAAAACUGUACAGAUAUGAUGGCACUGUUCCUGGUGAUACAACUUAUCCACCUGUGCAGUGCAGGGACCCGCGCUCCCAGCUCUCAAGAAUCUGGAAUAGACUAGAACCAGCUGACCUACCUGUUCCUAGGUUCAAGAUAGAUAAAAAUUAUGUAGGAAUACCACCACAGUUGGAAAUUACUAUAGGAAAUUUAAAUGACAACAUUGAUAAAGCAUUUUUGGCAGACAUGAUGAAUAAAGUUGGUCCUUGUGAGGAAUUGACAAUAUUCUACCAUCCAAUAACAAACCGGCACUUGGGAUUUGCCAGAGUAGUGUUUCAAGAUGUAAAAUAUUCAAAAUUAUGUGUAGAAAAAUAUAAUGGAAAAUCAGUAAUGGGCCAGGUGCUUGAUGUCUUCCAUGAUGCUUUUGGCAAAAAAUGUCAAGAAAUGUUUGAAAAUAAGACUGUUGAGAAGAAGCCCCAGCUGGUGGCUCCACCCGUCAUCCCCAAACCUCCUGUAGUUGUGGAAGAAGUUCGCCUGCCAAAGGUGGAUCCCACACUCAGUAAAAGAUUAGAGGAAACUAAGAUUGCUGAAAAAGAGCCGUACCCCCGCUACAAGGAUUCAGUAGAGCACAGCGACAGCAACACUCGGUGGUCGGACGAGGAGCGAGAGUACCGACACCGACACCGCAGUCGCAGCGAGCGGGACCGAGACAAGGACAGAGACCGGGACAGGGAUAGGGACCGAGAGCGUUACCGCGAGCGCUACGGUCGCGGCGGCAGCGAGGCGGGCGAGACGCCGUACGCGGGCACGGCGCAUGCGCCCGACGUGCCCUACACGCCGCACGCGCCGCCGCCCGCCGCCGUGCCCUAUGACGCCUACUACCAACAGAAUUACGGCUACAAUUACGGCGCGGGCGCAGCGCCGGGCGGCAGCGGCAUGUGGUGGGGGGACUGGCGGCAUCCGCACCACGCCACGCAUCACCACUCGCACCUGGAGCGUCGCUCGUCCGCGACGCCGCAGUGGGCGGCGCCGGCGACGCCCGCGCCCAAGGAACUGCACUCGCCCGACCUCAGGGACAAGGAACGCAGGGAGAAAGACAAGGAAGUCCCGCUAGAGCCAAAGCCCGCGGAGGUGGUGGAGCCCCGGCCCCCGGAGGACACGAUAGACAGCAAGGAGCCCGAGCCCAAGCCGCCGCCGCCCGCUGACGAGCCCAAGAACGUUGAUCUAGAUACCAGAAUAGCGAUGUUGCUGAAGGGCGCGAGCACGGGCGGCGGGCUGGCGCCGCCCUUCCUGGCGCUCGGCAUCUCCUCCGAGGAGGAGGACGACGAGCGUCUGCCGCCGCGCAUCCCCGACAUCGACACGCACAACCCGCCCUCCGAUGACGACGGUUCAAUAAGCGAAGACCGGGAGAGCAUAAUAUCGUUGUCUUCCAUCAAGGAGGUAGACCCGGAGCCCUUGUCUACCACUCCUUCACCCUACCUGGCGCGGGACAACUACCUCGAAUGCCUGCAGAAUACUAUAGAAAGGGCAGCACAGAAACCCCCUCCACCGCCGCCUCGCAAAUUCCCGCAGAUAGACAAGAUCGGUUCGGAUAUAUCGUCGUCAGAGGAUGAGCUGCUGACGGGAGAGGAACCCCGGCGGUCGCCUGAUGAACAGAACAAGGAUCAGGACAACUUGGAUGAUGAUCAGAUGUCGCUGUCAUCCCUGUCGUCGACGGAGGCUAAGAUCGAGGAGCAGGUGCCGGCGGAGGCGUACUUCUACGCGCCGCCCGCCGCCGCGCCGCCGCAUCCGCACUACUACCAGCCCAUGGCAUGGCCUCCUACUGCAUACCCGCCGCCGGGCUACGGGUCGGCGGAGCUGGGCGUGGUGUACGGGCCGCAGUUCGCGGCGCCGCUGCUGCCGCACCACUACGCGCCCUACCAGGAGCCCGCGCAGCCCACGCAGGAGCUGGACAAUCCUUACUACCCCACAAUAAACAGCGUGAUAGAGCGAGUGACGGCGGAACUGAAGCAGAUCUUGAAGAAGGACUUCAACAAGAAGAUGAUCGAGAGCACGGCCUUCAAGAGCUUCGAGCUGUGGUGGGACGAGCAGAGCCGCAAGAUACGCCAGCCCAAGCCCAAGGAGGACGCCGCACAGCCUUUACAGGUACCAACAACACCUGACAUUUCCAACAAGAAAGAAGAGGCUGUGGACUCGAUCAAGUGCAUAAUGGAAUCCCGUGAAAUCGGCUUAGAGCUGGGCGGGUACGGCGCCGGCAUCGGGCUGGGCCUGCGAGCCACCAUACCCAAGAUGCCCAGCUUCCGGCGCAAGCGGAAGAUACCCUCGCCUGUCUUCAUGGAUGACGACUCUUCUAAGAGGCUUAGUGAUCAGGAAGAAAUGGUGCAGAACUCUGAUGAAGAGAAGGAAGUACCGACGAGUCCGCGUAACAGGACGACGGGCUCUUAUUUGUCUCGCAGUCGGCGGCGGCAGUCUAGCAGUUCUUCCAGAUCGUCAUCCUCAUCAUCGAGCCGGUCGUCGUCGUCCACCGGGUCGGAGCGCAAGGGCCCGGCGCCGCGGAUAUACUCCGACACGGAUGAUGACUCCGAUCUCGAUGACGCUGAACCCUCCCAGGCGGUUGAGAACGAUAAGCCGCUUUGGAGAAAAAUGCUCAAGGUGGUGUCCAACAAGGAGCGUCUGCGCCGCGUGUACUCCUCCUCCGACAGCGAAGAGGAGCAGAGCAGGAGAGAAAAAACCCCAAUCCCUCAAAUGGACGCGUGGGAGGGCUCCGGGUCCGGGGGCGAAGCUCCCGCCGCCGCCAGCCCGCCCCGCGACCUGCUGCUCGACAGAGUAUACUCCGACUCGGAAGAGGAAAGGGAAUACCAGGAAAGAAGAAGACGGAACACAGAAUAUAUGGAACAAAUCGAACGGGAAUUCCUCGAGGAGCAGAGACGGAAAUUGGAAACAGACACGCACCAGCUGCCUGAGAAACCGCCCGACGACAGUAAACCGGACACGCAACCAGAAGAAGCCCGCAGUAGUCCAAUCAAGAACCACACGAAGUCUCCGGACCGCGACAAGAGUAAACGGGAGACUUCCCUCGAAGACGGAGAGCUCAGUGAUGACGAGCAGCCGCUGCGGGCGCGGCGCAAGAGAGACAAGGCGGAGAAGGCGGAUAAGAGACAGAGAAUUGUGUCCUUCAGUGAUCACAGCAACACUGAGACCGCGGUCAGCGUUAACGGGGUUAAGGAUGCCGCUCUGCAUGAUGCAAGCAGCGCGUUAUCAGAAACAUCAUCGCCGCAAUCCCAAGCAUCGCAGGCAUCGCAAGCGUCGCAGGUGGCGCUGGACCACUCGUACUGCCGCCCGCCGCCCGACGACGAGCCCGAGCGCAGGCCCUCCAACCAUCUGCAGCAUGACCAUGGUUACACUUGGAUGGCAGAGCCGGAGAGCGCGGCGUCGCCGGUGGAAGAGGUGUCCAGUAAAAAGGACACCAAGCGACCUUACAAGAGGAAACAUGAACCUAAGAAACUCGCUGAGAUACAGAACAAACUGUACUCCCCGCGCUCGCUGGAGUACGAGAAGACUCCAUACGCAUCAGUAACGUUCAAGGCCCGCGACCUGAUGGCGGAGAUGCAGGUGAUGUACGAGUUCCUGACGCGCGGCAUCGACCGCGAGGACGUGGAGUACCUGCGCCGCGCGUACGAUGCGCUGCUGGCGGAGGAUGCUCAUGGGUAUUGGCUCAAUGAUACCCACUGGGUCGACCACCCGCCGACGGAUGUCUGUUACUCGCCGCCCAAGAAGAAGUCCAAGAGGCACAACAAUAUUUAUGAAGAUUUACAGGGUCACUCGAGCGGGUCAGCGCGGACGGAGGGCUACUACAAGAUGGACGCGCGGCUGAAGGCGAAGUACAAGUACCACCACGGCCGCAGCUCCGCCGCCGCCCUGCAUGCACACACGGACGACAAGAAGGCCUCCAAGAUGCAGGGCCUGUCCCGCGAGGCCAGGUCCAACCAGAGGAGGCUGCUUACCGCUUUCGGUACAGAUACGGACUCCGAUUUGUUGAAAUUCAACCAGCUCAAGUUCAGGAAGAAGCAGCUCAAAUUCGCCAAGUCUGGCAUCCACGACUGGGGUUUGUUUGCACAAGAGCCGAUAGCAGCGGACGAGAUGGUGAUCGAGUACGUGGGGCAGAUGGUGCGGCCGAUCGUGGCGGAUGUCCGCGAGGCACACUACGAGGCCACCGGCAUCGGCUCCUCAUACCUGUUCCGCAUCGACCUCGACACCAUCAUCGACGCCACCAAGUGCGGCAACCUCGCCAGGUUCAUCAACCACAGCUGCAAUCCGAAUUGCUACGCGAAAAUAAUAACAAUAGAGUCUCAAAAGAAGAUCGUGAUAUACUCGAAGCAGCCGAUAGGCGUCGACGAGGAGAUCACGUACGACUACAAGUUCCCUCUCGAGGACGAGAAGAUCCCCUGUCUGUGCGGAGCCCCGCAGUGCCGCGGCUUCCUCAACUAGCCGCCGCCCGCUGCCGCGAGGGGACGAGCCUGAAGCCUGCCUGCACCCGUCACUUUAUCCUCAAACCUAGAUACCUAAUGAAUUUACACCCCUUAUACAUUAUCGAUCUGAAAUAUAUUUAACCAUGUGUUCAUGCUCAUUUACACGACGAUAAAUUGACCGAUACAGGCAAGCUGUAAUGUAAUGAAAUAUCUGCAAUAACGUUGGAGCCAACAUAGUUAGAAUAUCGCAAUAUAACAUCAACAUUGAACUGAUAAAUAUAUGAUUAGGAUAUACAAACAAUUACUCGUACUUUGUAAAUAUAUAGUCGCGCUGGCAACGAUUGGAAUUUACCUUUAGUGUUGUGAUUUAGGCCAGGUAAGAUUAUAGAAUAUAUUCGAUUCUGUCCUUACCUACCUCGAUAUUCAUGUACGGAAUAUAUAAUUAACGAUAUGAUGUGUGUUCAGGGUUCAGUUUCAUAUCUUCUUCCAUAAUAUUUAAAUAAGGAUGUUAUAUAACAAGGCAAUUUAGUUUGUCCUCAAUGUCGAGCGUGGCUCUAUAACGUAUUGUAAGUGGCACUAGGCUACGAGCGCUGCGCUGCUCUGUAGGAGUCUCGUGGUGUCGGAAACUGCCUCAACUUGUAACGAUUUUUGUCAUUUUAUGUAAUAUAUGAGUGUCGGUGUGACUCUGAAGUGUUUGUUUAUUGUAUUUAAUGUGGAGACCCAGUGAACAUAUUAUGUAAUUAAAAAUAAACUGCAGCAAUUGUUUCUUGUAUUAUAUUAUGAUAUUUUGACUGAGUCUAAAUAUAUGAUUCACUAGGCAUAGAAUGUCUGAUGUAGCGAGCUGUAUAAUUUUUUUGUGUUGUACAUUAUUUGUGUAAAGAGAUCUCUGCUAUUACGUCAGAUUUGUGUAGUACACUUUUUAAGUACAUCAUCUUGUUAAUAAUUUCGAAGACAAUUCGUAACCAAAUAAUAUGGGGUGUUAUAUAAUUGACUUCGUUUUCGAUUAGACGCUAUCUAAUAAGCGACGUGCGAGCGGUGAUUGUGACGAAUAUAAACCGAAUAAUGUAUUGUGUCUGCUCGCAUGAACUUUCAAAAUUCCACUUCAUAUUAUGUAAAUGUAAUAAGAUUGUAAAUAAAAAAUUCCAACAAUUUUAA